AUGAGUGUGGGGAGGCUUAACCGCUACAGCAUUGUGUCAUCUGAGGAAGAGGGCCUUCGCCUCACUACCAUGCAUGGCAUGAACGGCUUUGGCAAUGGCAAGAUCCACACACGCCGCAAGUGCCGCAACCGCUUCGUCAAAAAGAAUGGCCAGUGCAAUGUGCAGUUUGCCAAUAUGGAAGAUAAGUCGCAGCGCUACUUGGCUGACAUCUUCACCACAUGUGUCGAUAUUCGCUGGCGAUGGAUGCUGGUAGUCUUUACUCUUGUGUUUGUUGUCUCCUGGCUGGCCUUUGGCUUAGCCUUUUGGGUCAUUGCUUUGCUACAUGGAGAUCUGGAUAAUCCCGCCGGAGAUGAUAACUUCACUCCAUGUGUCCUGCAGGUUAAUGGAUUUGUGGCUGCCUUUCUAUUCUCCAUUGAAACACAAUCUACCAUAGGUUAUGGCUAUCGCUGUGUGACUGAAGAGUGCCCAGUGGCUGUCUUCAUGGUGGUCUUCCAGUCCAUAGUGGGCUGCAUCAUUGACUGCUUUAUGAUUGGCGCCAUCAUGGCGAAGAUGGCGAGGCCAAAGAAGCGAGCACAAACACUGUUGUUUAGCCACAAUGCUGUCAUUGCCAUGCGGGAUGGAAAGCUUUGCCUCAUGUGGAGGGUUGGGAACCUUCGCAAGAGCCACAUUGUAGAGGCCCAUGUCAGGGCACAGCUCAUCAAACCUCGGAUCACUGAUGAGGGGGAAUAUAUUCCUCUAGACCAGAUAGACAUUAAUGUGGGCUUUGAUAAAGGCCUGGACAGGAUUUUCUUGGUUUCACCCAUCACUAUUUUCCAUGAGAUAGAUGAGGAGAGCCCCUUAUUUGGGAUCAGCAAACAGGAUUUGGAGACAGCAGACUUUGAGAUUGUUGUCAUCUUGGAGGGGAUGGUUGAAGCCACCGCUAUGACCACACAGGCUCGCAGCUCCUACUUGGCCUCGGAGGUCCUUUGGGGUCACCGUUUCGAACCAGUCUUGUUUGAGGAGAAGAACGUGUACAAGGUGGAUUACUCUCACUUUCACAAAACCUACGAGGUGCCGUCCACCCCCCGCUGCAGUGCCAAGGACAUGGUGGAGAACAAAUUUUUAGUCCCCAGCUCUAACUCCUUCUGCUAUGAAAAUGAGCUGGCCUUCCUAAGCCGCGAUGAUGAGGAGGAGGAUGUAGGUGGUGGGAACAGGGCACUGGCCAACCUCAGUCCAGACCGAAACAGCCGACAUGAGUUUGAACGCUUACAGACCACCAGGGUGCUGGAUCAAAGGUCAUAUCGUAGAGAGUCGGAAAUAUGA